GAAAUAAAAUUAAUGUCCAACAGUAUUACGCAGAGUUCUUACUCCGCAUAAAGAAAUACGCAAUGAAUAUUAAAAUGAUGUCCCAACGCUUUUCUAAAAUCCCAAGUGGCACACGUGGGUGGUGCGUGGGAUCCCCAAGUCAAUUCAUUUCGAUUUAUUUUCAAUAUCGCGUUAAACUCGGAAAACCUCAGAUUGCGCAGGAACAUGUGGAUCUACGUGACAUUUUUUCUAAUAAUAAUUGUAAUCAGUGAUGGAAGGUACAUGAGGAUCAAGAGCAAACCGCGGAACGUCUUCUUCAAGUACCGCGAGGGAGUGACAGGUGAGAAAACUCUCCCUAGAUGUCGACCCCAUGACGCCUGCAAUAUCCUCUACAAGAGAUUCUGGACGGAUGACAUUGUGGAGAGACUCUGCAGGUGUCCGAAUGGAGAGGAAUGCCCCUGGACUGACAAAUUCGACAAUUACACGAUGAAUGUCAACAACAGAUCAUUUCUGAAGGAAUUCCCAAAUUUCCAGUUCUGCGAUCCCGUCAACCCCGAGAAUAUCUGCAAGCCUCGAAAGACAGCGGCUGUAGUUCGCGGUGAAAUUUCAGAUAAUCAUGAAAACCUGACAGCCCACAGAGUUCGAGUCACCUGCUACUGCCCCAAAUCCUAUUUUUGGCAUGUACAGAGGUACGAUUACACCGAUAACAAGCUUUAUCAGCGCUUUAGGUGCUCCAAGCAGAGAAUGUGCGGUAGCUACGAAUUCUGCGGACUUGUGAGGAACGAUUUAUAUUCCACGUAUUAUCGGUGCUCGUGCCCCAGUGGUAAUUUAUGUAUCCCGAAAGAUAAACAGCUAGAAAGUACUCAAGAGUUUUUGUACUCAGGGCCUGUUAUCAACGCGUACUGCGAUCCUUGGAAUAUCAGCAGUACAUAUUACUAAAAAUUCAGAGGCUUUUACAAAUUUUUCCCUAAAAUCUAUACUGUCCAAGCAAAUAAAUGAUUUAUGAAACAAAAAACUU